CAAGUGAAAGCUAAAAAAGAAAAAAAAAAAAGCGCAACAAAUUCAUGACGCUACACUGGCAACGUUGUGUCUCGGAGUCUGGCCUUCAAGAGGCCAUAUUGGUUUGCAUUUCGAGGCCAAUAUGGGACAGAAAUAAGCUAUUUCCUGUUUAAGAUCAAAAUGGCAGUGAUCAAAACGCCGGAUACUAAAACUUCUGGAGAUAUCGGUGUGAUCGUACUUCAAGCAAAGAAUGAAAGUACAGACCUCCCAUCUUCUCCGGCACCCAGUUAUACAGGUUCCCAGGGGAGCCACUCGCUGCUGUUACCUGCUUGUGGUCACGUGACCAAGGAGGAGGCUAGAACAAAGAAAAGAAAAGCGAUCUUACUUGAUGCCAAUAUCCUACGACAGCAGAGGUUUAAAAAUAUCCUAUGGUUGCUUCUGUUCUCUUCACUGUUCGCCCUGGCCGUCUGUGUGGUGAUUACCCUAGCCAAUAGCUUCCAGGAUGGCUUCUUUUUUAAAGGUAUGUCCGAUGGAGUGAUUUGCACGCCAUUUGGAACGUGUGAGGCAAAACGUGCAGAGGACAAUAAUUCUCCAAUAACGCACAUUCAGAAUCCAGAUUUUCAUGCCGGAUACACGCAGCAACAGUGUAUUCACCAAAGAGCCUUAUGGGAAGGUGGAUCUUACAACUCUGAGAUUAUCCAUGACCUCAAGACUAAAUGGUCAGCCUUGGUGGACCACAACGAACAAAGAUGUUUGUUGUUUGAAAUUCAUUUGGACGCUAUCGUCGGCUGUCCUCAAGAGUACCCAUGGUUCUUAGACAUGAGAGUGGGCAUCCCAGUGUGCCGAACUAUCCUGGACAGAAUAGCACCCAUACGUCGCGUCAUGCGACACAUCCUUGAUGAUGAUGUUCAAAACUUGACUUACGUCGGCUACAUCACGUCAAGGAAGUGCAGCAGGUAUAAAACAGCUGUAGUGGACAAAGUCAUUGUCCAGUAUUUCGACAUCAACAACAAUCGGAUCGCAAGAAGGUCAGUGGAGCAUAUUUUAAGCAAAGAACAGAUGUUUCAAAACGCCGUGGAAGAAAAAAAUCAAGCAGAUAAUGGACAACAGAUUGUAAGAGCAACUAGAGCUGCAGAGCAGAAGAGUAACUCUAAAGACAUUGCUGGACUAAGGAAUACACAAGCUGAAAUGAAUCGAUCCGAAGAAGAAUUUCUCAACAGAUUCUUAGCCAGCCUUGAAAAAAAACUCUCAUUUACAGAGAGUAACCAUGUUUCUAGGAUCAACAGUGAGAAUGAAAGGGGAAAGGUUUGGGGCCAAAGAAGAAAGCGAAAUUGGGAAGCAAGGAAAAUGAAAGAUAAAAGUAGAACUAAGCACUUCAAGAGUUUCGGGCAUCGUUCGAAUGUAACUCGGGGCAAUGCUGAUUCACUGAAUGAACGUAAACACGAGAAUCAGGCAAAAAGCAAUGCCGAUGAAAGCAAAAUAAUGAAGUUACCACGUACUAGAAGAGAAACAUUAACAGAUAAGAUCGCCCACACAGAGACAUUCAGAGAUCCAAGUCAUCAAGAGAAUGCAGAGAGGUCUGACAUAAAACACCUUCUCACAGACUCGAGACACCAAGAGAAUGCAGAGAAGUCUGACAUAAAACACGUUCUCGCAGACUCGAGACACCAAAAGAAUGCAGAGAAGUCUUACAUAAAGCACCUUCUCACAGACUCGAGACACCAAGAGAAUGUAGAGAAGUCUGACGUAAAACACCUUCGCACUGGCUUGAGACACCAAGAGAAUGCAGAGAAGUCUGACGUAAAACACCUUCGCACUGGCUUGAGACACCACUCCUUCAAGGACUUUGCUUACGGCACGAUGAAUCCCGAGGCCCAUGGUCACUGGGAGCUGGUAGUGUCUAGUAUCAACGAGGAUGGCAAAGCUUUGUUUAGUGAGAAGUUUAAGACCAUCCCAGAGAGCUUGGAGAGCGUGAACCAGUACGUGAAACCACUGUUACGAGAUGUCAUGAACGUUAUUCAAUCUGUUGUCAAGAGUGACCUGGUCAACAAACCCACACAUUGAUUUUCUUAGUAUCUGAUCAUAUUUUCAUAUUGAAUGUUAUAAGUAAUAAUGAAUGCGCUUUCUGUAACAAGAAUGUAGGUUAGACACAUAUGAAGUAAAUGACUAGAUAAACGUCCUAUUUGUAUGGUGGAGUCAACUAUUAUACAGAAGAGUGUGUUUAGUGCACCAUUCGGCACAUAGCAAAAAAAAAAAAAAAGAACAUUUACAUCUGUUUAACAUAUUGUGAAAUGAAAAUAUUCAUGUCUGUGUUAAAUAGACAACUAAUUGCUUGCAUUAAAAACUAUAGUUUCUUGUGCCCUA